UAUCGUCAGCAAACAAGAUGAUUGGAAUUCUAGCAGCCAUCUUCGCUGUACCGGUGCUGUUUAACGUACAAGCUGUGACGGCAGCGGCAGAUGUGACGGCCCCCGCUGGAAAAAUGGCCGGGCUGGAACAGGACGUACUGGGAACGACGGUUAACGCCUUCCUGGGGAUCCCGUUCGCUAAGCCGCCAAUAGGAGAACGGCGAUUCAAACGUGCUGAGCCCAAGGAACCAUGGGACGGGAUACACCAGGCAACACGACUACCCAACGCCUGCAGUCAACAAUUGUACGAGGACGAAUAUUACCUGUGGGCAUUGAACACACCAGUUAGCGAGGAUUGUCUGUACCUGAACGUUUGGCAACCAACCCCUGUCCCUACAGGAGCCGCUGUGAUGGUCUGGAUAUAUGGAGGAGGAUUUCAAACGGGUUCGUCUUCAGUUGCUACUUAUGAUGGAAGAUACCUAGCGGCAACCGAAGGUGUGAUAGUUGUGGGGAUAAACUAUCGGGUCAGCACACUAGGUUUCCUGUAUGCCGGUACUGAAGACGCACCUGGGAACGUUGGUCUUACGGACCAGGUCUUGGCACUACAGUGGGUACAGGACAACAUCGCAUCAUUCGGAGGAGAUCCUUCCAAAGUGACACUUUUUGGGGAAAGCGCUGGAGGAAUCAGCAUUGGGUACCAUCUGAUGUCUCCAGGCAGUUGGACUCUUUUCAGUCGGGCUAUACUACAGAGUGGGACGGCUCUUAUGGACUGGGGACGCGAUUCUAAAACUGACGCAUACGAUAAAACAGUGAGUUUUGCUCAAACGCUCGGGUGUCCCACAGAACGCGGCGAAAUGCUGGUGUGUCUUCGGAACAAGGACGGGCAACAUCUUGUAAACACCUCGGUCUUGGGAUACACAGCAUUCUAUCCUGUCUUAGAUGGGAGUUUCAUUCCUCUUAACCCGCCCGUUGCCUUGGAAAAUGGGGCAUUCAAGAAAGCAGACAUUCUUCUUGGUUCCAACGAAAACGAAGGUACCUACUUCUUUGUUGUUGACGAAUCGCCCGGCUUCAGCGAGGGUACGGAAAGCCUUAUCACCAAGGAGCAGUUUCUUGAGGGGAUUCCGUACAACGUUCCUGUGUUGAACGACUUCGCCGUUGACGCUGCAGCCUUUCAGUAUACCAAGUGGGAGGAGCUGGACGGAGAAGCAAUGUACCGUGACGCAUUGGAUUCUCUGUACGGCGAUUUUUACUUCAUUUGCCCGGACGUCAACACUGGUCGUGCCCAUGUUACGACUAGAGCAUCGGUCUACAUGUACCGGUUCGCCCACCGGGCCUCGAUCUCUACCUUCCCGCCCUGGAUGGGAGUGAUCCACGGUGAGGAGUUACCGUUUGUGUUCGGUCUACCCCUGGAUCCAGCGUACGUUUUCAACGAGGAGGAAAAAGUGCUAACUCGCAGGAUGAUGCGGCACUGGGCAAAUUUUGCCAAAACAGGCUUUUCCAACCUUCUUCCCGAAUACUGA